CUCACCUACGAGCAGCGGACGAAGGCGAAAAUAGCAGCUUGACAAGGCUAACGGAAACAGUCUUGCAAAAAGCCUUCGAUAUUGGGUUCGAAGAUGCCGAUAACUAUCUGGAAGAACUAAAGAAUUGUUUGGCAAGCUGCUACCAAAAAAGUGAUACCUUUUACAACUACCUGACUGUUAUUCAGUCGUCCGGUUAUGGAAAGACGAGAACUAGCGAUAAUAUGCUGAAAGCUAUAAUGAGCGGGACGAGCAUAGAUCAUUGCCAUAAGAUUGCAAAAACCUGGAUUGAGUCUAUAAUCACUACGUACGAAAAAAUGAACCCGCAAAACCCCCGAGAUUUGUUGAAGGAUCAGGAAGCUUUCUGGGACGCUGUCGUCAGCAAUAUAUCGAUGUCGAUACCCGCAACUUUCACUCGCGCUAAAAAACAAAUUACUAUUUUCGUUGAUGAAGCUUCUGCCCUUCUGGAGAGAAAUACGGCGUUUAGGGCAUUUCGGCGCGCUCUGCGUGACUACAAUGACUCCGUUUUCGCUAUAUUGACCGAUACGUGUUCUGCAGUCGCCGAUUUGGCACCUUGGCUAGAGCGAGAUCCUUCCGCGAGACAUUAUGGCUAUCGAGUGUACAAACCGUUCAUUUACGUAGCGACAACUGAUUGUCUAAUGGACCACCCGGAUGUUCCAUUGGAAGACGGCUCCGGCCACCACAUAGUUGGGUAUGGCCGACCUCUGUGGGCCUCUUCUUGGAUUGGCUAUGAUAAAAAACAAAAUCCUUCAGCUAUGUUUAGCAACAUUUUGAAUUUGGCAAAAACAAAACUCCUUGGAGGUGGAGCGCACACCUGGGCCGAUCUCAAGAAAAAUAGCACUGACAUGAUCCAAACAUCUGCACUUGCCAUUAUCGCCAGCACCGCCGAUCUAUACGUAUCCCCGAUCUCGAGCGCAGCACCUGAUAUGGUCAGGUCACACACGGCUACGCUAAUUAGCAUUGAUGAUGAGCGCAAAUUGCACCUUGUUGCAUAUCCGUCGGAGCCGAUGCUGUCAGAAGCCGCAAUGGAACUACUCUCAGAGGAUGAUGCAGAGUUUGACAUACUAACGGAAUUGGAUAGUGCCACCCGACAUGGAGAUGUCAUUCUCUGUUCGUCUACCAGCCUUGAAUAUUUAUCGGUACUCAUCAAGAAUUUUCCAAGAGAAAAAUUUUCGCAACUUAAGGGUUUUAGGAUUGGAUUUACGCACUUCUUCACACUUUUUCAUGAACCGGACGAAGAAACCAUCCAGGAAAUGUACAAUCGGAAUGCGGCGGCGGCGUUUAAGAUGGGCGCAGAGGGGGGUGAUUUAAUAGUGCCGAUGAUUCUUGAAACUAACACACCUCUAGAUCAAGAACGAAAAAAAGAAACAUGGUGUGGGGAACGAGAGCCUUACUGCUGUCGAUGCAGUGAUCGAGUUUACAUGGAACUUACA